AUGUCUGAAAAAAAGUUCAAAGAGCGUUUACUCGGUGAAGGGGGUUUCAGUGUUGUAUAUCAAAGAGUUGGACAUAUACCACCGGCCGUUGUCAAAUACCUGAAGGACCCGAAAGAUGCAUUGAUUGCUAUCUAUAUGUUCCAAGUGCAUCACGUAAUUCACCGUGACAUCAAACCUGAUAACAUUUUUGUCACUCAAAACUUUAUGCUCAAAAUCGGGGAUUUUGGUGCGGUGAAGUUGAGCGAACGAACUGCCGCCUGUGCGACAUCAAUCGGCACAAAUAGAUAUAUGAGUCCACCACAAAUCGAGAAGGGACAAUUAAGUGACGUGAAACUGGCAUCACAUCGUAACGAUGUUUACAGCAUGGGCCUUGUUUUGUGGGAAAUGAUAGAAAGGAGAGAAGUUUUGUCGGAAUGUUGCGAAUGGAAUCAAUUCAAACGCGAAAUUUUCCUGUUCAAUUUUGUUUUUGCAAAGACUCAGCACUUCGAAACGCCAAAGUGCCAAGCGACCAUUCAGGAGAUUUUUUGCAAAAGCACUGCCUUCGAUUUAUCUCUUAGACCAGAUGCUCAACAACUUCUGGUAGAUCUAGAAAAUGCACUUGAGGGUUUAAUGGCAAACAAGAAAGAGUUCCGGGAGAAAUUCAAGAGCGCUCCGGCUCAGAUCUUC